AUGGCUAAACCGGACACCAAAUGCAGAGAGGACCCAGAUCCUCCACAGAUUAAAGAGGAACAGGAGGAACUCUGCAGCAGUCCAGAGGGAGAGCAGCUUGCACCAAAGCAGGAGGCCUUUACGUUGACUCCUACUUGUGAGGAAAGGGGACACGGUGAUGAUCAACUUUUGGACUUGUGUACUGAUGAAACUGAGAGUGUGAUACAGGAAACAUCUUAUAGCAACAUUUCAGUUGAAAGCACCACUGUAGUUGAACUAAACAACGACCACCAUUUUCUCCCUCACAACUCUCAUAAAUCAGCAUUUGAGACUCUUACAAGAGUCCAUAGUGAUGAGAAACCUUUUUCGUGCAAAACAUGUGGAAAAGGAUUCAAAUAUAGUAGCAACUUAAAAGCCCACAUGAGAGUUCACACUGGGGAAAGGCCAUAUUCCUGCAUCACCUGUGGGAAAACAUUCAUUGAGGCAUCACAUUUGAAGACACAUUUAAGAGUUCAUACUGGGGAAAGGCCAUAUUCCUGCAUCACCUGUGGGAAAACAUUCACUAACAAAUCACAUUUAAGGUCACAUAUAAGAAUUCAUACUGGGGAGAAGCCAUUUUCCUGCAUCACCUGUGGGAAAACAUUCUCUAAGACAUCAACUUUGAAGACUCAUACACGAAUCCAUACUGGGGAGAAGCCAUAUUCCUGCAGCAUCUGUGGGAAAACAUUCACUGAUACAUCAAAUUUAAAUCGUCAUAUAAGAAUCCAUGUUCAGGAGAAGCCGUUUUCUUGCAUCACCUGCGGGAAAACAUUCUCUCGGACCUCACAUUUGAAGGAUCAUACAAGAAUCCAUACUGGGGAGAAGCCAUAUUCCUGCAUCACCUGCAGGAAAACAUUCACUGACAAAUCACAUUUGUCGUCAUAUAAGAAUACACAGUGGGGAAAGAAGUUCUCCUGACUCAAUUGUCCACAUGAGAAGAAAUCACAAAGGUGAAACAUCAUAGAUGCAACUCUGGUGAGAAAAUAGUCUGAGCAAUUUUUCCGAUUAAAAAGACUACGUCAGACAAGGUAAAGAAAGGAACGAAAUCCCCUUUACGAUGUCGGAUUCGUGAAGAUGGACUAUCAUGUUUCCUUUACCUUAAUGAAGAUUGAUGUUGCUAAUUUUAUCCAAAAAUGCUCGCUUCUGUAAGGAUGUGCAAAUAAGACAGUGCUCUUCAUUAAAAGCCAUUAACCUGGUGUCCUUGCACUUAUUGAACUGUUCCGCCGAGAGCGGUGUAGCCUCCCGUGACGUCACAAUAUACAUAUAUAUAUUUGGCCAACAAGUUCAUUAAUUAUCACUACUAUUAUUAAUUAUAAUGAUAAUAUUGUCUCUUGUUAAAAAAAUAGUUUGGCACGUUGAUGUUUCAUCUUUCAUUAACUUUUU